AUGGCCAUGGACGACGAGACUGAGGUCCUCAAAGUCCGUUUGAUUCCAAGCACGCUGGUCGCCUGCUGCACCAUUCUUGUCUACGACUGGCUGCUCACCCUCCACCGCGAAGUCGCAGCUAUUUGGUCCCACCCGCGAUCGAUAGGGACCGUCAUCUUCCUUGUCAACCGCUACCUCCCGUUUGUCGACGUCUGGAUAUCAACGACUACACGAUUUCAGCAUGUGUCGCCAGAGGCGUGUCUUGUCCGCAAUAGAAUUGUUGGAUGGAUGUCUCUUAUCGGAGUCUGCAUUUCCGAAGCCAUCCUCAUGUUGCGCACCUACGCUAUCUGGGGCCGAAGUCGGUCCGUCAUGAUAAUUCUGUGCGUUGUCUGGGUGGCUACCGUCAUACCCGGAUUGAUUAUAACCCAAUUUGAAUUAACCACCCUCAUUUACACACCAACGGCCAAUGUUGGAUGCAAUCUUGUCCAAGCAGGAACUAUUAUAAUCUAUGCCUAUGUCCUGCUUAUGAUCAGUGAGACAGCGGUGGUCGUCCUGACUGCGCUUAGAGCCUACCGCGACUUACGGAAUCGAAGUCUCCAUCGCAGCUGGAUAACACAGCUGUAUAAGGAUGGCAUGUUAUUCUACAUCUACCUUCUUGCCAUCUCAAUCGCCAACGUCCUCGUUCCCAUUCUCGGGCCUGAAUACAUGGCCAACUGGCUCGCAUCCCUCCAGCGUGUCUUGCAUUCCGUCCUCACCACACGCGUCCUGCUUCUAAUCCGCAGCCAGCUCGCUGCCUCCCAGCGCUUCGCCCAACUCGACUCGCGCGGGGAAGAGCUCGAGAGCGGCACGUAUGGUGGAGACGCGACAUACGACUCGGGGAGCAGUGGAAGCCGGACGCUAGGGGUAGGAAGCGGCCUGGCGUUUGUCGACAUGUCAAGGGUGAGGAGUGGAAUGAGUGAAGAUGCAACGGGGGACUGUCACGAGCCAUGA